GCCGGGAGGAGUCGCAGCGGGGAUGGACAAGGGAGGACAUUCGGUACGUGAAGGACGCGCCUUCGAUUGAGCCGGUUUCUUACGCUCCGAGAGUGGCGCCGCUGCCGGAGGAUAAGGUCGGCGAUGAUCCGGGUGUUGUGACCGCGGAAGAGAGGAAUGAGGAAGCGGAGAAAGAGAGGAGGAUGCUUGAGGUUGAGGAUGAGAUAAGGAAGAAGAUGGAGGAGGAGAAGAUGAAGGUGCCUUUUCCGAUGCUGAUCAUGCCCAAGCGCAAUGAGACUCCCCCUGUCCUUGAUUUGAACGAGGCCAUUCGCCAAGUUAAGGUCAGUGCCAAGGCAAAGUUUGAUGAAACUGUUGAAGCACAUGUAAGAUUGGGUAUUGAUUCAAAGCGAACAGAACUGGCAGUUCGUGGUACUGUGAUUCUGCCUCAUGGUGCUCCAAAGGCCGUCAGUGUGGCUGUUUUUGCAGAAGGGGCAGAAGCAGAAGAAGCUAGAAAUGCUGGAGCUGAUAUAGUUGGUGGCAAAGAACUUAUUGAGGAGAUUGCUAGUGGUAAUAAUAAACUUAAAGUUGACAAGUGCUUCUCAACUCCUGGAAUGGCACCUCAUCUUGGAAAGAUAGCACAAUAUCUUAGAAAGCGCAGGUUGAUGCCAGACAAGAAACUAGGUACUCUGACUAGUGAUAUUGCUGGUCAGCUGAAAGAACUAAGGCAAGGUCGCGUUGAGUUUAAGAUGGAAAGUAAAUCAAUUUUGCAUAUUGGAGUGGGAAAGGUAAGCUACAAAGAAGAGGCUUUACGAGAGAAUAUUGGCGCAUUUAUGAAUGCUGUUUUGCUUGCCAAGCCUGCUGGCUUAAAGAAGACUUCCAAAUAUGCUGGGUAUGUGCUUUCUGUCCAUCUAAGCAGCACGAUGGGGCCAGGAGUACCUGUUUCAAUACAAUCGCUAUCCAAAGCAGCCGAUAAUUACAAGAAAGUGCACGUGGUAUGAGUCAGUGGAUGAGGCGCAGUUAUUAUGGGCUCUCAACAUGGCUUAUAAGUUUUGGUAACAAAAUGUUCGCUUAGUUUUCUGUUUAUUACCUUGAUUUUAGGUGGUUUCAUUUUAGAUGUAUGUGUCAAUAAUUACUUGGAAUAGUGACAUUUUUGUGCGAAACUAGUGGAAUAGUGACCUUGUAAAAUAUAGGUUACCGAAUUUGGUUUAAAGAAAAACAUUGAGCUAACCUUUUGGUCGCUAGUGUCCGGGUUUAGCUAGUGGCAUGCUUGCUGAUCUUUAAUCUAAUGAAAUUUUUUUUUUUUUCAAA